AUACAUCGUAACUGUGCUCCGCCGCGGACGUGGGGCGAGUGACAGGUCUGAUCUCGGACCGUAACGACCUGUUACCGCACGGACGCGUCGGAGGGAGCGGAACAGAAGCGUAAUACCCUUAUGCUCGGUACGGCGGAGUGAGUCAUCGGGAAAGCGCAAGAUCGCUGUGGAACGGAACGAUCGACGACGACGGCACCUGGAACGGUGACAAGCGUCAUGGAAGUCCUGGACCCGAGCGUCUCCAGGGACGAUCAGCCGCUCUGCGUCAACGACUCUCUCGAACGAGUUAAUACAUCGCAGAUUCCAGCAGAUACUAGAUCAUGCAUAAAAGCGCGUCACACUCUUGGUUUCCUGGGCUUUCUUGGUUUUGCCCUUGUGUAUGCUAUGAGGGUCAAUUUAUCAGUAGCCAUUGUCUCUAUGGUUAAUCAGACAGCAAUACCGCAUACUGAGGAUAAUGAUACUAGCGACGUUUGUCCUAAAAUUAAACCGAUAAACGGGACUUUUGUACCGAGCGCGGGAGAAUUUGCCUGGGACGAAAAGACUCAAGGUGUUAUAUUAGGUGCAUUCUUUCUUGGCUAUGUAACUACAAAUGUUCCGGGUGGUAGAAUGGCUGAGAAAAUGGGCGGCAAAUUAAUUUACGGCCUGGGAGUGUUUUUAACCGCUGUUCUAACUGUUAUAAGUCCCUUUGCCGCAUAUUGGGGUUUAGUACCAUUUUUGGUUGUACGAGUCGCAGAAGGAUUUACCGAGGGGGUAACGUUUCCUGCGAUGCACAGUAUGCUGGCACAUUGGGUACCUCCCUUAGAGAGGAGUAAAUUUGCUGCUAUAGUCUACGCAGGUGCGAAUUUCGGAACUGUCGUCUCGUUACCAGUGAGCGGCUGGCUAUGUUCCUUAGAAUUAUGGGGUGGUUGGCCCCUCGCGUUUUAUUUAUUCGGAAGUCUUGGUCUCGUGUGGUAUAUAUUCUGGUUGAUAUUCAUUUAUGAUACUCCUUCACAACAUGCGAGAAUUGAUCCUUGUGAAAAGGCAUAUAUCGAAGCUAGCGUCGAGAAAAAAGACGAGAAUGAUGAUCUGGGUGUACCAUGGCUGUCUGUUUUCACUUCUCUACCUAUGUGGGCCAUCACCAUUACGCAGUGCGGUCAGUCCUGGGCCUUUUACACUCUCCUGACCGAGCUGCCGACGUAUAUGGAUAAAAUUUUGCAUCUGAAUGUACAACAGAAUGCAUUUCUCUCGGCAUUACCGUACUUAAGUGCUUGGCUAGUGGGUUUAGGUAUUUCGAGUUUUGCCGAUGCACUUCUCGCUCGUCGUCUGAUUUCACCUCUGGCUUCGUUCAAACUAUGGAACACGGUAGCCUCGUUAGGACCGAGUCUCAGUUUCGUCGGUGCCAUCUGGGCUGGUUGCGAUCGCAUGACAGUCAUGCUGAUGCUCGCCGGAUUGGGCUCUCUACAAGGCGCGGUGUAUGCCGGGAAUCAGAUGAAUCACAUCGCAUUGGCACCACGUUACGCGGGUACUCUUUACGGAUUGACAAAUGCUGCGGCGAACGCAUGCGGUUUCUUGGCGCCAUAUGUUAUCGGCAGCAUAGUAGAGGGACAUGAAACUCUCGCGCGCUGGCACACAGUUUUCUGGAUGGCAGCAGGAAUAAACAUGACUACUAAUUGCUUCUAUUUAAUGUUUGCGUCCGCUACUGAACAGCCAUGGAGCAAAGGUGGCAGUUGAUGACAAUGUCGCAUUAGAAUUCUAGCUUAAUUGUAUUUAUCGUUGAGCGAUACAUACAAUGACAAAUGGAUCAAAUUUUUGGUAUUAUCAGCUUGCACUAACACGUGAUAGACAUAUAAAGAAGAUAGGCGUCAUCAACUGAUUUCUGCGUCAGAAAAUCGGGAUUGAUUAACAUAUUUUUCAUCUCCCCGUUUUACUUCGUUAUUUUACUGAUUCAGUUAUAUAUUGUUUGGAUACAUACAUGAAAAAAGGUCUGCAAUUCCGUAAAAAAAUUAAGUAAGUAAAAAUGAUAAUAUUGACAUACAGGGUGUCUUCGGUGGUACAAAGAGAAAAAGAGUGAUUAUACAUAGUAAAAUAAUCGAAAGCGUAGAAUAAAAUAUCGUCAUACAGGAUUUUGUUUUCGAAAAAA